GAUUGCCCCAAAAGGACGUGUAACGUGUUAGCCUUGUAAUCUUGAAAAAAGUAUCUAUCUAUUAUGUGAAGUGCUAGAACAAAUAGAAUAAAGCAAAUACCACUUAGAUAUUAAUAUUAAGUAAGUAGAAUUGUGGUUUAUGGUGUAACUUAUAAGUCAAUGGCAAUAGCACAGUGUUUGGAACUUUGGAGUGCUUUUUAGUGGCGUACCCAUUACACUGUAAAAGUGUAAACAAGAUUUUCAAUGGUAAAUAAAGCUCGCCUUUGCCUUUAGGAGCAAAACUUAUUCAUCAAAAGUUCUUCAAAAGUUUUUCCAACGGCAUAAAUAUCCAUCGUAAAUAAUAAUUAAAACAUCCGAUGAGUCGAAAUGAAUGUUGACCUUCGAAAGUCAGUGGAGUGUGCCUAGAUGACGCCAAAAACAGAUGUUCAUGAUUUGGAGCGUAGGAAAACAGCCCGAUAACAGAGCGUACAAAAAUAAAUAAUGUGCCUUUUAAUGUAAACGUCCAUGCACCAUGAACACAAGAAUGUGUUUCCUAAUAACCAGACUAAAUGCUUCCCGAAUAAUAUUUAUAUUGAUCCUUUUCUACGCUGCUUCCCUCAUGUACACCUACAAUGCAAGACUCUACUCCAUAAGGUCACAGAGAAAGGACAUCUCGUAUCUGAACCAUAAGAGCUUCAAGUAUAUCCUGCAAUGGACAAGUAGAUUCAAUUACCCUCUCAUCCCAAUGGGCCAAGGCAACUCUGUUUUCGUUAGAGGCAAGUGCAAUUUCACCAACUGUUUCAUUACCGAUGACAAGAAUUAUUUCAUCGAUCAAACUGAAUUCGAUGCUGUGGUAUUUGGCGGAAUGGACGCCAUGAAACUCUGGUCGUUCCAGCUACCGUAUAAAAGGUCCCCGAAACAGAAGUACAUUUUCGCUGCGUCCGAAUCCGCAGAUAACUAUGCCGUAUGCUCGCCGAUGUACAACGGAUUUUUCAAUUGGACGUGGACGUAUCGAAUCGACUCAGAUAUAUUUUGGGGAUAUAUAGUCAUCUACGAUUUGCAGGAUAACAUCAUUGGACCUGCCCUUAAUAUGAAAUGGCUGGACAAGCUUGAUCCUAUAAAUGAAGAACUGAAGUUGAAAUUGUCGAGUAAAUCAAAAACAGCUGCGUGGUUCGUGUCCCAUUGUACCACAAAUAGUGGUAGGGAGGUUUUUGUAGAUGAACUGAAGAAGGAGCUGAAACAGUAUGGACGUACUGUCGAUGUUUACGGCCGAUGUGGCACUCUGAGUUGCACGAGGGAUAAUGAGGAUUCUUGCUUUAAAAAGAUAGAAGUUGAUUACUACUUUUACUUAUCGUUUGAGAAUUCGUUCGCUGCGGACUAUGUGACGGAGAAGUUGCUGAGUGCACUGAACAAUUAUGCCGUCCCUAUUGUCUACGGUUCAGCAAAUUACUCAAGAUUUCUUCCCCCUGGGAGCUACCUCGACGCGUUGAAAUUGGGCCCAAAACAGCUGGCUCGUCGGAUGAACGAGAUCAUCAACGACAGUACCAAGUACCACGACUUCUUCCGCUGGAGGAACCACUAUAGGUACCGAGAGAGCUAUCCCCUGGAUGAGGUGUGUAAACUGUGCAAAGCGCUGAACGACGAAGAGAGGGUAGCUGAAGUGACCGUGUGGGAUGAUUUCAGGACUUGGUGGAAUGGAGAAAGUUUAAAGGACAAGUGUUGAUAGUUACAACAAGUUAAAUUAUAAAGGGUUUACAGUACUAAUACUUCAUAAGUCGCAGAAAAACGCAACCUAUCACCGACCAGAACCGAAUGUACACCAAUGAAAUAUAGACCUUAUUGAUAGAUAUUAAGAUUUCAAACACAAGAACAACGCAGAUUCAUGCUAUCUCGCUCAUAAUUCGCGCAUACAAAACAUGGCGCGUAGGCGGCAACCAAUAGCAGACGGACGCGCGCUAUGAUUGGCUGAGAUAUUUUCGCGCCAU